ACCUACCGCAGUCAUCUCUAUCGAAACAAAUGGAAGUGGUGGACAACACUUUGACGAGUGAAUUGCCCGUUGGCGCGACACCAGCAACGGAUCCGCGCCCAUUCGAGACCGAGGAGCUCCAACCCCACAGCGCAGUCGCCCAGCUCGACGAGUCUGAUGCGCACCAGCCGGUUCCUGCCAUGGACGCCGGGCGAGUCGCGCAGCCAAGCGCAGCAGCAGUGUCACACGUGGAGCACACGAGCGCGGUUUCCGAUUCCACUGCCACAGCGAUGGAGACCUGCGUUGCAGGAGCAGUCGUAGCACAAGAGCAGGAUGAUGCUGCACUGAUCAGCACUGCCGACGAUACCAUGCACAGCGACGAACACGCUCAGCGGGCGCCAUCGCCGUCGCCACAGGAGGAGCAGGCGAGCGAGGCCGCCGCUGUCGCCACCAUUGCUGCUGCAGAGGAGUCGAUCGCACAGCCAGAGCCAGACGUCGUGGCUGCACUCGAGCGCAGCAGCAAUGGCCACAUUGAUGCAAUCGAUCAAGAGGCUGCUGCAGCGACGGAAGACAGCUCGCAAAUGUCGUCCUUGUUUAGCAGAGCGGCCGCGACGGCCGAAAUCUCGGGUGUGCCCGUCGAGCCAGAGUACCGCAGCCAAAAUCUGGAUGCGUCCUCCUCGAGCGACAGCGACGACGAUUCAGACAAUAGCGACGGCAGCAGCAGCAGCAGCAGCAGCAGCAGCAGCAGCAGUAGUGACGACAGCAGCGACGAAAGCGAUGGCUCGGGCGCUGAGAAUGCAUCGUCUGCGAUGGUCCUGGACGAUGCGGCUGGUGGUGACUCGCAAUCUACGCGCAAAUCACAGCAAAACCGCACCAAAAAGACUCGCGGAGCAGCCCGCAACGACAAUGACGAAGACGACGAUGACGACGAGGAUGGCGGGCCGCUCAAGACUCGGAAUGAGCUGCUGCCAAGCGACUUGCCCGCAGUGGAGCCUGUCGUGAUUUCGGACGUGGCACACGUGCAGUUGACCUGCAUCGGACAUGUUCACAGCGUGAUUGACACGAUUGUGGUGGUCGAAUCUCUGGCCGGUUCUAUUGCUCUGGAUAUCGAUUCGGUUUUGUGGCUUGAAGACAAGCUUCCGAUUGGGCGAAUAUUUGAUGUGUUUGGCCCAGUCAAGCAGCCGCACUACUCUGUUCGCUUUAACAACGUUCAAGAAAUCGCAAACCUCGGUCUGUCCGUCGGCACCCGGCUAUUUUUCGCGCCACACGAGAAGGACGCAACCAUGUAUGUGCUGAUUGCCCAAUUACAGCGGCUGCGAGGCACGGAUGCUUCCUGGCUUCACGACGAAGAGCCUCCAGCUGAGGCCAUCGAAUUCUCCGAUGACGAGGAAGAAGAAGCGGCCAAACAUGCACGCAAGCAAGCACGAAGAGAACAAGCUCAGCAGCGCAAUCAGGAAAGCGCCACUGAUUCCAGCAAUGCCGACAGUCAAUCCACAGGUGCCUCACACUCGCGAGGGGGCGCUCGCGGAGGGCGUGGUCGCCAUCAUGGCCAGGCAGGACGAGGUGGCCAUGGGAUGUGGGGCUUGCCGCACCAACCCGCAGACCAAGCGUUUGUUUCGGCCAUGCUGACAGACGUGCCUCCGUCCAUGUACUCGGCCCAGCCUCCGCGCGCCCCAUCUGCCUCGUAUCGAUCUGAUCUGGUCGACACGAUGGUGGCAGGACGCCAUGGCAUGGACACCUACGCGCCUCGUUCUUCGGUGGGUUUGCUGCCAACGCCAGGCAUGCCACCACAAGCUGCACCUGUACCGAUGGUUGCAGCUGCAGCACUGCUCCCAUCGCCUGUAGCAACGCCCAUGUCCACCGCGUUGAGCGCGCUCAAUCAGUACGCCGAGGAUGAGUGAGAUACCUCUGUGUGUGCGUGUUUUUUUUUUAAAUAUUGUUUUUCAUUUUUCUUUGCCUCGCCUAUUUUCAAAAGAUCAUGAACAAAGUGGGGUUGAUGGUAAAAGUAAACUUUAAUGCAGA